AUGUUCAGAGACAAUGACACUGUCAACAGCUAUGGUGAGUUUUGGGGGACAGUCAACAGUAAGAACAAACUGAAGAGAUACCUAUUACCGCGCAUUGGCGACCACCAUUACAGCUGUAAUUUCUGUUUCAAGAGAUUCACCAAGAAAGAUAAGCUAAAUAAGCAUAUGCAUGUUCACUCUGGGGAACAUUUCUUCAGUUGCACUGAGUGUGACAAAACAUUCAAAGAAGCCUCUGCUCUGAAGUAUCACAUGGAUACACACAAGAGACAAUGCCUAUUCAUUUGUGUCAUAUGUAGUAAAGUGUUCACGCAGGAGAGUAACCUGGAGGACCACUUGCACUCACAUACAGUUGAACCACCCUUCAGCUGUUCUAUUUGCUGCAAGAGAUUUACAAGUAGCAGUAUCUUAAAGGAGCACUUGAAUAUACACUCCGAUGAACGUCCCUACAGUUGCACCGAGUGCAGCAAGGCAUUCAAAUCACCCAAAUAUCUGAGAGUGCACAUGAAGGUACACACAGGUGAAUGUCCAGUCAUUUGCUUUAUUUGUAAGAAAUCAUUUAUACAGAAAUGUGACCUAAAGAAUCAUUUGCGCAAACAUACUGGUGCACGACCCUUUAGCUGUACCAUAUGUAAAAAGACAUUUAUUAGUAGCAGUGUCUUAAACCAGCACUUGCGCACACUCUCGUCUGAAUGCCCCUUCAGGUGCACUAUGUGCAGCAAAUCAUUUAAAUGGAAAAGUAACUUGACGACGCACUUACGUAUCCACACAGGUGAACGUCCCUUCUGCUGCACUGUAUGUAGCAAGGCAUUCACAGAUAAUAGCAUUCUAAAGAAACAUUUGCAUGUCCACUAA